AUGACCAAAGCAAGCGAAGCAGGCGGAUUCAUAGUGGACGACCCAGACUACAAGAAACCCGCCAGGAGAAGAAGAGCUGCGAAGAAAGCUGUCUCCUACGUUGAGACGGACGAUGAGCUUCCUCCAAACGGUACCUCAUCCUCUAAAUCUUCUAGGAAGAGGAAGGUAAAGGACGAAUCUGAAGAUGAGGAGUACCAGGAGUCGCUUGGAACAGACAAGGUUGACGAUAUUAAACCCGAAGACGAUGAAGAAGAAGAUGCUAUUGUUAUUAGAGGGACUAGCACCGGCAGAAACAGACCUAAUGGUGCCAGUAUUGUUAACGCAAUUAGUCUUUCAGAUCUCAGUGAUCUGAGCGAUUUGGAACAGAAUAUUGAUAUACCAGAGGAAUUAGAGGAACUCGACCUGGAAGUAGUUGAGGAGGCUGAGGCUCCUAGACCCAAAAAGAAACGGAAGACACCAGCAAAACCGAAGAAACCAAGAGUACCUUAUUUCACUAGAGUAACUGAAAAACUCUACAACAUUCAUCCUUCUUUGAAAGAUGUCUUUCCGAAUUUAGACCAGCACGAACAAAUCGAAGUGAAAAAAGCCACUCAGCCCGAAGGAAUGACUUGUACUCUCUUGCCGUUUCAACUUGAAGGUCUUAACUGGCUCGUCAAGCAGGAGGAGAGCGAGUUUGGUGGGGGUGUACUGGCAGAUGAGAUGGGAAUGGGGAAGACCAUCCAGACUAUUGCGUUGUUUAUGCAUGACAGAACUAAGUCCCCCAAUCUGGUUAUUGCACCCACGGUGGCACUAAUGCAGUGGAAAAGUGAGAUAGAACUUCAUACCAAUGGGAUACUGAAGGUCGGGGUCUUUCAUGGUCAAAAUAGAGGAAAGAGUGCCGAAGAGUUAAAGGAAUAUGAUGUGAUACUGACAACUUAUUCGGUUCUUGAAUCGGUUUAUAGGAAGCAAAACUAUGGAUUCAAACGAAAACGUGGACUGGUGAAAGAACCCAGUCCUUUGCACAAUACGCAUUUUUAUAGGGUCAUUUUAGACGAAGCCCACAAUAUUAAGGACAGACAAAGCGGGACAGCCAAAGCUGCAAAUUCUCUAGACACAGAGAAGAGAUGGUGCUUGUCAGGUACUCCGCUACAGAAUAGAAUUGGAGAAAUGUAUUCUCUAAUUCGUUUUAUGAAACUGUACCCAUUCUGUGAGUAUUUCUGCACUAAGUGUGAUUGCCGAUCCACGGAGUGGAAAUUCACUAAUUGGAAAUGUUGUGACACAUGUGGACAUACUCCCAUGUUACACACCAAUUUUUUCAACCAUUUCAUGUUGAAAAAUAUUCAGAAGUACGGGGUAGAAGGCCUCGGGUUGGAGAGCUUCAAGAAUAUCAGAUUAUUAUUGAAAAAUAUAAUGCUGAGAAGAACCAAAGUUCAGCGGGCUGACGACUUGGGUCUUCCUCCCAGAAUUGUCGAGAUCCGCCGUGAUAGAUUCAAUGAGGAGGAAAAGGACUUGUAUGCAAGCUUGUAUUCCGACAGUAAGAGAAAGUUCAAUGACUAUGUUGCGGAGGGGGUUGUUCUGAACAACUAUGCCAACAUCUUUACACUGAUUACUCGGAUGCGUCAACUUGCAGACCAUCCUGAUCUGGUACUCAGAAGAGUUGGUACCAACAGCAUCGAUAGUUCUGGUAUGCCAGAAGGAGUCAUUGUAUGCCAAUUGUGUGAUGAUGAGGCUGAAGAGCCUAUUGAAAGUAAAUGUCACCACAAAUUCUGUCGCUUGUGUGUUUCCGAAUAUGUGGAAGGUUUCAACGGAGACCCAAACAAACUGGAGUGCCCAGUAUGUCACUUGGCAUUAAGCAUAGACUUAGAAGGUCCAGCAAUAGAAGUGGACCUCGAACUUAUUAAAAAGGGAAGCAUUGUGAAUCGUAUUAGAAUGGGAGGUGAAUGGAGGUCUUCAACCAAGAUUGAAGCCUUGGUGGAGGAGUUGUUUCAUCUUAGAAGUGACCGUGUCACUAUCAAAUCGAUUGUUUUCUCUCAAUUUACCAGUAUGUUGGACCUGGUAGAAUGGCGUUUGAAAAGAGCAGGGUUUGAAACUGUUAAAUUGCAAGGUUCAAUGUCUCCUCUCCAAAGAGAAAGUACUAUCAAGCACUUUAUGGAAACUCCGUCCGUAGAGGUGUUUUUGGUGUCUUUGAAAGCUGGAGGUGUGGCACUUAACUUAUGUGAAGCUUCACAAGUAUUCAUUCUUGACCCUUGGUGGAAUCCUUCGGUUGAAUGGCAAUCUGGUGACCGUGUUCAUCGAAUUGGCCAACAUAGGCCUGUGAAGAUUACCAGAUUUUGUAUAGAAGAUAGCAUUGAGUCCAGAAUCAUCGAGUUGCAAGAUAAAAAGGCAAAUAUGAUUCAUGCGACCAUUAACCAAGAUGAUGCUGCUAUCAGCAGAUUGACACCUUCAGACCUACAAUUUUUGUUUAUGAACUGA